AGUGGGAGGGCGGUGCUUGCUUGUUCAAGAGGUCUGGUGGUGGUGCUGGGCUACACUCAAACAAGCAUCCACCAUGACGGCCAUCAAGCACGCUCUCCAGAGGGACAUCUUCACGCCCAACGACGAGCGUCUGCUUGGCAUUGUGAACGUGUGCAAGGCGGGAAAGAAGAAGAAGAACUGCUUUUUGUGUGCGACAGUUACCACCGAGCGGCCUGUGCAGGUUAAAGUAGUCAAGGUGAAGAAAUCUGACAAAGGGGACUUUUACAAAAGACAGCUGACCUGGGAGCUUCGCGACCUGACGGAAGUGGAUGCCAAAGAUGCAAGCAAGGAAAAUCCUGAAUUUGACCUUCACUUCGAGAAGGUCUACCGCUGGGUGGCUAGCAGCACCGCAGAGAAGAACUCGUUUAUAUCCUGCAUCUGGAAGCUGAACCAGCGCUACUUGAGGAAGAAGGUGGAGUUUGUCAAUGUCAGUUCCCAGCUGUUAGAAGAACUUCCUAAAGCGGAAGAGUCUGUGCCCAGUGGCGAGAGCCAGAGUGUUGCCGGGGGCGACGAGGAUGCUCUGGAUGACUACCAGGAACUAAGUGCCCGUGAGGAGCAGGACAUCGAGAGCAUGAUGGAGAUGUGCGACUAUGCCAUCUCCAACGCCGAAGCCUUUGCAGAGCAGCUCUCCAGGGAGCUGCAGGUGCUAGAUGGGGCCAAUAUCCAGUCCAUCAUGGCGUCAGAAAAGCAGGUCAACAUCCUAAUGCAGCUGCUGGACGAGGCCCUGGGCGAGGUGGACACCAUCGAGGGCAAGCUGAGCAGCUACGAGGAGAUGCUGCAAAGUGUCAAGGAGCAGAUGGACCAGAUCUCGCAGAGCAACCGCCUCAUCCAAAUCAGCAACACCAACAAUGGCAAACUGCUAGAUGAGAUCCAGUUCUUAGUGCACAACAUGGACCUCUCUAAGGGACACAUCAGAGCCCUGCAAGAUGGAGACCUGACCUCCCCGAAAGGCAUCGAGGCUUGCAUCAACGCUGCCGAAGCCCUAUUGCAGUGCAUGAACGUGGCGCUUCUUCCAGGCCACGACAAGCUGAUGGCGGUGAAACAGCAGCAGCACCUGUUCGCAGAGCUAAGGGACACAUUUGCUCGCCGCCUCACCAACCACCUCAACAAUGUGUUUGUGCACCAGGGCCACGACCAGAGCUCCACCCUGUCCCAGCACACCGCCGAACUGACCCUGCCCAAACACAGCCCCCUCCACCGGGACCUCCUGCGCUACGCUAAGCUCAUGGAGUGGCUGAAGAACACCCACAGGGAGAAGUACGAGGGCCUGUCAAGGACCUAUGUGGACUACAUGAGUCGACUGUAUGAGCGAGAAAUCAAAGACUUCUUUGAGAUUGCCAAAAUAAAGAUGGCGGGAACGAGCAAGGAGGCGAAGGGCAAGUUUGCCACGCUUCCGCGGAAAGAGAGUGCACUCAAACAGGAGACAGAAAGUCUUCAUGGCAGCUCAGGGAAGCUGACUGGCUCCACGUCCAGCCUGAACAAGCUGACUGUGCAAGGCUCCAACAGCCGGCGUUCCCAGUCGUCCUCGCUGCUAGACAUGGGCAACAUGUCAGCCUCCGACCUGGACGUGGCCGACCGCACCAAGUUUGACAAGAUCUUUGAGCAGGUCCUCAGCGAACUGGAGCCGCUGUGCCUCGCAGAGCAAGACUUCGUCAGCAAGUUCUUCAAGCUGCAGCAGCAGCACCCGACUGUAUCGCCGCCUCUUGCUCAGCCUGAGGCAGAGGAAUCGGAUGGCAGCACGCCGUUAAGAAUGCUUCCCCAGGCAGAACACAGACACUCCUUGUCAUCAGACAAAGACGUGGUGCGGCUGAUGAUGAACAAAAUCUUCCAGAGCAUAGAGACAGAGCUCAACAGCCUCAUCGCUCUGGGGGACAAGAUUGACAGCUUCCACUCACUGUACAUGCUGGUGAAGAUGAGUCACCACGUGUGGACGGCAGAGAACGUUGACCCGGCCUCUUACCUCAGCACCACGCUGGGAAACGUCUUGGUCACUGUCAAGAGGAACUUUGACAAAUGCAUCUCCAGUCAGAUUAGACAAAUGGAGGAGGUGAAGAUUUCCAAGAAAAGCAAAGUGGGCAUUCUGCCUUUCGUCACAGGCUUUGAAGAGUUUGCGGAGCUGGCUGAAACCAUCUUCCGGAAUGCGGAACGCCGAGGGGACCUAGAUAAAGCUUACGUCAAACUUAUUAGGGCAGUCUUCAUGAACGUGGAGAAGGUGGCCAAUGAAAGCCAGAAGACACCAAGGGAUGUUGUGAUGAUGGAGAACUUCCACCACAUCUUUUCAACGCUGUCCCGACUGAAGAUCUCCUGCCUGGAUGCAGAGAGGCGAGACGCCAAGUAUAAGUACACUGACCACCUGCAGUCCUAUGUCAUCAACUCCUUGGGCCAACCUCUGGAGAAACUCAACCAUUUCUUCGAGGGAGUAGAAGCCCGUGUUGCCCAGGGCAUCCGUGAGGAGGAGGUGAGCUACCAGCUGGCCUUCAACAAGCAAGAACUACGCAAGGUCAUCAAAGAAUACCCCGGCAAAGAGGUCAAAAAGGGACUGGAUAACCUUUACAAGAAAGUUGACAAACAUUUGUGUGAAGAAGAAAGUCUCCUACAGGUGGUGUGGCAUUCCACACAAGACGAGUUCAUCCGCCAGUACAAGCACUUUGAAGAUUUAAUCGGCAGAUGUUAUCCUGGAUCUGGAAUCACCAUGGAGUUCACCAUUCAGGACAUGCUGGAGUAUUUCUCCAGUAUCGCUCAGUCUCAUUAAUUUAGUCUCUUUGCUGUCAUCCAGGCUGACAAGAACAAUGACUCCCUACUGCCAUACACUGGCCGAAUAUAUAGCAGUCACUUUAUUCCUUCAUAGUUUGUUUUUUUGUGCACAUAUCUUAUUAAUUCUUAAUAAAACUGCACUCGCCAUCU